UGCUCUCCCCUCCCUCUCCAUAUCUCUUUCUUUCCUUGUCACCUUUCUCUUCUUCUCUGCUUCUCAUAUUAUCUCCCAAUGGCCUGCUCUCCGAGAUUCGCGGGCGCUGCUCUCCGCAGAGCGCGCCUCACCUCCGCCCCGGCUCGCGCUGCUCGCCUGAGACCCGUCACUCAGGUGAGAUGGACUGGCACCUCCUCCGCGACCACUGAGCCGCACCAGCCGACCGCAAAGGGCGACGUGAAGGGCAAGCCGGCGCCCGCCAAGACCAUUAAAUUCACCACCGAAUCUUACCCUCAGUUGAAGCGUGACUCCAAGUUUGCUGAAAUCACCCCGGACCACGUCAAGUUCUUUAAGGAACUGCUGGGCUCCGAGUCCGCCGUCAUUGAUGGAGUCAAUGCCGAUGCCGCCGACGAUCUUGAGCCCUUCAACAGCGAUUGGAUGCGCAAGUUCCGCGGCCACACGAAGCUCGUCCUCAGGCCCGGUUCGACGGAGGAGGUCAGCAAGAUCCUGAAGUACUGCAACGAGCAGAUGCUGGCCGUUGUGCCUCAGGGUGGCAACAGUGGUCUGGUUGGUGGCUCGGUGCCGGUCUUUGAUGAGAUUGUCAUCAACAUGGCCCGCAUGGACAAGAUCAGGUCAUUCGACGAGGUUUCGGGUAUUUUCGUGGCGGACGCUGGUGUCAUCCUUGAGAAUGCGGACAACUUUCUCCAGGAGAAGGACCACGUUUUCCCUCUGGACCUGGGCGCAAAGGGCUCCUGCCAGAUCGGUGGCAACGUCGCCACGAAUGCCGGUGGCCUGAGGCUCCUGAGAUACGGCAGCCUUCACGGAAACGUUCUCGGCAUUGAGGCAGUCCUCCCCGACGGCACGAUCGUCAACGACCUUUCUAAGCUGCGCAAGAACAACACUGGCUACGAUCUGAAGCAGCUCUUCAUUGGUGGUGAGGGUACCAUUGGUAUCAUCACUGCCAUCUCCAUCCUCUGUCCCCAGCAGUCCCCGGCUGUGAAUGUGGCGUACUUUGGUGUGGAGAGCUACGAAAAGUGCCAGCAGGCUUUCCGUGAGGCCAAAGGCCAGUUGUCCGAGAUUCUGUCCGCAUUUGAGCUUAUGGAUGGCCGCACCCAGAAGAUCCUGGAGAAGGUGGUCAGCAAGAAGUUGCCGUUGGAGGGCGAAUACCCCUUUUACUGCUUGAUUGAGACCAAGGGCUCGAACGGAGACCACGACAGCGAAAAACUCCAAAACUUCCUCGAGCACGUCAUGGGCGAGGAGAUUGUUUCCGACGGCGUCCUGGCCCAGGACCAAACGCAGAUGGCCGAGCUGUGGUCGUGCCGCGAGGGCAUCACGGAGUGUCUGGGCCACUGGGGCGGCGUGUACAAGUACGACCUGUCGAUCCCGCUGGAGGAGCUGUACCAGCUAGUCGACGAGACGCGGGAGCGGAUGAUCAAGGCGGGGCUGCUGGGCGACACGGACGAGCACCCGGUCGUCGACGUCGUCGGCUACGGCCACAUGGGCGACGCGAACCUGCACCUCAACAUCCCGACGCGCACGUUCGACAAGCGCGUCGAGAAGGAGCUGGAGCCCUUUGUCUACGAGUGGGUCGCCAAGCGCAAUGGCAGCAUUUCGGCCGAGCAUGGCCUUGGCUUGACUAAGAAGCCGUAUGUCGGCUAUAGCAAGGACGAGACGAUGGUUAAGAUUAUGAAGCAGCUCAAGGACCUGUUCGAUCCUAAGGGCAUCAUGAACCCGUACAAGUAUAUUUAGGGCAGAGUGGCGGGAGAGGAAGAGGGGGACGGAGGGGAGAGAAAGAUUGUGUAGGGAGCGUAGAGUAAAUACCCGAGAGCAAUAUGUACAUAUAGGCAGCCGGCGUGCUUGAAUACAGCGGAUUGGAUAAAAUGGCUUGAUGACCAGUUGGAAAUAAGUGCAUAUCCGGCCUCUGAGGUAUUACCACCUGCGUGAUGCCAAAGUCAUAUAGAGUACUUCUCAUAGCAAUCCACUUUAACAACUUAUGCC